CGCCGUCCCACAAUCCCCUGCGCCCCGGCCCUCGCAAGAUGGCGGUGCUGGGGGCACCGCGGGGCCUGGCGGCCGCAGCCUGCCGCAAGCGGCGGCUGCUGCUCGCCUUGGCCCUGCUGCGCCCGCCGCCCGCCGCCGCCGCCGCUUGCUUCUCCGGGGGAGCGGUGGGGAGCUGGCGGCGAGGCGCCCGAGCCGCCCCGGGGGGCGCACAGAUUCCACCAGUCUGCAGGCAAGGAUCAUGGCACAGUCUGGGAGGGAGUUAUUCAAGACCAUUAUUGGGGCAUUCAGAGAUCCUGCCCAGGUGGCAACUGAUGGAGAAGAGGAUGUGUUGGCAUGGCCAUGCUGGUGGAGGCCUUCACACAGAUCCAAAGGAAGGGCUGAAGGAGAUCGAUGCCAAGAAGAUCAUCCGGGCCAUGCUGUCCUACGUGUGGCCCCGGGACCGGCCCGACCUGCGCGCCAGGGUCGCCCUGUCCCUGGGCUUCCUGGCAGGUGCCAAGGCCAUGAACAUACUGGUUCCCUUCAUGUUCAAAUACGCAGUGGACAGCCUGAACCAAGUGUCUGGCAACGUGCUCAACCUCGGCGAUGCCCCGAGCACCACGGCCACCCUGGCAACUGCUGUCCUCGUGGGCUAUGGUAUCUCAAGAGCUGGGGCAGCGUUAUUUAAUGAAGCAAGAAAUGCAGUAUUUGGGAAGGUGGCUCAAAAUUCAAUCAGGAGGAUUGCCAAGAAUGUUUUCCUGCACCUUCACAACCUGGACCUGGCCUUCCAUCUAAGCAGGCAAACAGGAGCACUGUCAAAAACCAUCGACAGAGGCACCAGGGGCAUCAGCUUUGUUCUCAGUGCUUUAGUGUUCAACCUGGGCCCCACAAUGUUUGAAGUGGCUCUGGUCAGUGGGAUUCUGUAUUACAAAUGUGGCGCCGAGUUUGCUUUGGUCACUCUGGGGACGCUGGGAGCCUACGCAGCGUUCACGAUAGGAAUCACACAGUGGAGGACAAAGUUUCGGAUAGAAAUGAACAAAGCUGACAACGAUGCUGGUAACGCUGCCAUUGACUCGCUCCUGAAUUAUGAGACUGUGAAGUAUUUCAAUAAUGAAAAAUACGAAGCCCAACGGUAUGAUGAGUUCCUGAAGACCUAUGAAAAAGCCUCCCUGAAGACUACCUCUACUUUAGCUCUGCUCAACUUUGGCCAGAGUGCUAUAUUUAGUGUGGGUUUAACAGCCAUCAUGGUGCUCGCCAGCCAGGGCAUUGUUGCAGGCAGCCUUUCUGUUGGAGAUCUGGUAAUGGUGAAUGGAUUGCUGUUCCAGCUUUCUCUGCCCCUGAACUUCCUGGGAACAGUGUACAGAGAGACAAGACAGGCACUGAUAGAUAUGAAUACCUUGUUUACACUUCUCAGUGUAGAUACCAAAAUUAAAGACAAAGAGCUGGCUCCACCCCUGCAGAUCACCCCCCAGACUGCUUCCAUUGCCUUUGACAAUGUGCACUUUGAAUACCUGGAGGGGCAGAAAGUCCUUGCUGGAGUGUCCUUUGAAGUCCCUGCAGGAAAGAAAGUGGCCAUUGUAGGAGGUAGUGGGUCAGGGAAAAGCACCAUUGUGAGGUUAUUAUUUCGCUUCUAUGAACCUCAGAAAGGAAAUAUUUAUGUUGCUGGACAGAACAUCCAAGAUGUCAGUUUGGAAAGUCUGAGAAAGGCAAUAGGAGUUGUGCCUCAGGAUGCUGUUCUCUUCCAUAACACCAUCUACUACAACCUGCUGUAUGGCAACCCGGCGGCCACGGCGGAGGAGGUGUACGCGGUGGCCCGGCUGGCGGGCAUCCACGACGCCAUCCUGAGGAUGCCCAACGGCUACAACACCCAGGUCGGGGAGCGAGGCCUCAAGCUCUCAGGAGGAGAAAAGCAAAGAGUUGCAAUUGCUAGAGCAAUGUUAAAGGAGCCACUUAUUUUUCUCUAUGAUGAAGCCACAUCAUCUUUAGAUUCAAUUACAGAAGAGAACAUUCUCAAGGCCAUGAGGGACAUGGUGAAGCACCGGACGUCCAUUUUCAUUGCCCACAGGUUGUCCACGGUGGUGGAUGCAGAUGAGAUCAUCGUGCUGGAUCAGGGUAAAGUCGCAGAGCGUGGCAGGCACGCAGAGCUCCUGGCAAAUCCCAGCAAUCUCUACUAUGAGAUGUGGCACACACAGAGCAGCAAAGUGCUCCACAGUCACAACCACCCAGACUGGGAGGAGAGAAGUAGCCACACGUCCAAAGAGGAGGAAAGGAAGAAGCUAGAAGAAGAAAUUAUCAACAGUGUGAAAGGCUGUGGGAACUGUUCAUGCUGAAUAGGAGCCUGGAUCUUGUACAGCAGGUUAAAAAUGCACAAGAAUACAGUGAAAUACAGCUCUUGUUUUUAAGUCAGCAUUCAAAAACUUCUGGGUUUUGCAAUUUUUUGGAUUUUACAGUUUCACAGAGGGACAUAAUUUCAACCAAAGGAGUUCUAUUUUUGCAUCUUUAGGAAUCUCUAAUAUUCAGUGGCAUCUGCAAGAGCUGAGCUUUUUCAAAAACUUUAAACUUCCCAACCAAGGGUGUAAUUUAUGGCAAUUUUUAGGCAUUGAUAAAUUCUCCUGGUAGUCGCCUGAUGUGGAUUAUUAAAUUGUAAACAGAUUUGUCCUUGAUUUACAUUAUUUCUCAUCAUUGAUGGUUGAUAAAUGCGUCAUGUUUUAAUUGUAAUUGGGCUAAUUUGAACUCAUUUGCUAGUGAGGAAGAUGCCUUUUAAAUUCUUCAGUGGUGUUCUGGUUUAAAGUCUUCCUUGUAAAGAGUAAGAACAGCCUCAACAAAAUAUUAGACUUGUAGUAGCAAACUAAAUAUUGGAAUUACCCCUCUCACCUUUCAGAAGCACCUUUCAUACUGCACUAUCAGGAAAUGGAUUGGUAUUAUUCUAGGAAUAGAAUAAGGAAAACUAACAGCAUUUUUAAGUGAAAAAUUAACAAAUCCGAGUUCAGGAUUCUGUAUCCUCAGCAUCUGCUGUAGUAGUCAAAGCAGAACGAAGUCACUCUUUCUAGUUCAGUCAUGGUCUUAGGGAGCAAUUAAGAUUCAAUAAAGACUUCCAUAAAUUUC